AUGCCCUCCUCAACAAUAGACGAGUCAAAGUUCGACUCCAUCCCGGAUGCCAUUGAGGCCUUCCGCAAUGGAGAGUUCCUCGUCGUGCUCGACGAUCCCUCGCGCGAGAACGAAGCAGACCUGAUCAUCGCCGCCGAGUCCGUCACGACCGCCCAGAUGGGCUUCAUGAUCCGCCACAGCUCCGGCUACGUCUGCGCACCCCUCGGCCCCGCUGUCAUCGACCGCCUCGAGCUGCCCCAGAUGGUCACCUCCAACGAGGACUUCCUCCGCACCGCCUACGCCGUCUCUGUCGACGCCGUCGACCCCGCCGUCACCACGGGCAUCUCGGCCCACGACCGCGCCCUGACCUGUAGGGUACUCGCUGACCCCAACGCCAAACCCUCCGAUCUGCGCCGCCCGGGUCACGUCCUUCCCCUUCGCGCGCGCCAGGGCGGCGUGCGUGAGCGGAGAGGCCACACCGAGGCUGCUAUCGACCUCUGCCGCUUAGCCGGCAAGAAGGAGGCCGCCGCCAUCUGCGAGCUGAUUGACGACGGCGUCGCCGUCGAGGGCCAGGCUGUGCACGAGAACCCGGGUAUGCUGAGGGGCGAGCAGUGCAUCGAGUUCGCAAGGCGGUUCAACCUCAAGGUGUGCACCAUCGCGGAUAUGGUCGACUACCUGGAGAAGACUCAGGGCAAGCUGAACGUCAACGGGUCGUCGUAA